AUGGACGAAACUAAUAAUAUAACUGUAGAAAGUUUAACUGAUGAAUGUUCUGAUGAAACAAUUAUUUUAAACGUUGGUGGUGUUAAAUAUGAGACUUAUCGAUCUACUCUCACUGCAUAUCCUGAUACAUUUCUUGGAACCAUGUUUCAAGAAAGAAAUAGAACAUUGCGAAUUCCAAGGAAUGGUAAUGAAUAUUUCUUUGAUCGUUCCGGUCAAAUAUUUCAUUAUGUUAUGCAAUUUUAUCGGACAGGAAAAUUAAAUAUUGGAAAUCAAUUGGAUACAAUAACAUCAAAAGAAAUAGAAAUCGAACUUGACUUUUUUCAAAUUCCACGACCAACAUCUAUUGAUAAAAUUGCAAUUACAAAAAUCCGAAAUUUAAUUAGCGCAUUUAAUGAAUUAAUUAGUAGAGUAGUAGAAAGUUAUUUGAAAGAAACAUCCUUUAAAACCGAUAUUGAUGUACUUUUUCUUAAUAAUGGACAAGCUACGGUUCAUGCUUUAUUAAACGAGAUAAAUUUAUCUGAUAUAUUUUUAGAUACAAAACGUUAUGCAUACAAUAUAAUGUCCUUAUAUAAAGAUAUAAUUAAAGAACAUCUUGAAAAUGAAUAUCCGGAAUUAACUUGG